AUGGCCGUACCUCCCGAAGUAGCAAAUGAUGCCCUGAAUGCCAUGCUCGCUGUCGUGCAAUCGCUCGCUCAGCGCUGCAUCAAGGUGAAGAAGGGUGAUCCCGAGGGCUUAAAGCUGUCGGACGAGAUUGCCAGGCGUGUGGCAAAAGACUUAAAACUAUACAGUGGGAAUGCUACAUCAUUCUCCCCACAGCUGCUCUCAUUUGCCGCCGUUGUGAGACAGCACUCAAAGGGCGGGGCCUUUGAAAACGUCCCCGACUGGACCUCCACCGUGGACUAUCGCCCCCCCUCCACAUUUAACAUUCCCGCCAUCGCGACAUCGACUGAUAUUCCCGCCACCGUCCCAAUACCACCGGCCCUCAUCGUCCCACCAUCGACUCCCUCGACUCCGCCUUCUAUGCCAUCCCAAACGGACCUGGAUGUCAUCGCUAAACUGGUAGACGAACCGAAACGACAGUGGAAGGUAGCUUCCGCAGCCGGCGAUAGCAAGAAGAGGAAGGCGGAAGAUGAAGGGGCCAACGCGGUUGCCAAAAAGAUGAGGAAGUUGAAGUCCGAUGUCAAAAAGGAGCCAACCGGAGUCAUCCAUGUGAAACGAAGGGCAUCUAACAGCUUACCGAUCCAGGAAUCAUCGCCUGUCGCUACUGACAAGGAUGUUCUGCUAGUCGGAGACAAGGAUUUCCUGGACGCAGAAACUUGGCCUGCAGAAUGGGGCUCGGAUUCUGAUGUCGCUACUCCUUUGCAGCAUUCUGUUCGUUACCACCCCCGGCACUGCGACAAGUGUGCCAAGUUGGACAUAGCCUGCGUUGUCCUCCCCGACAAGAAAUUCGGGUAUACACGCCUCGCCUGCGCCAAUUGUGACAACAUGAAGAUCGCAUGCGCAAUCGACGGCGUUGGUGUCCGACAGAGGUUGCAAGAUAAUGCGGCGAAAGCAUCCUCUGACGCGUGCAAAACCCCCAAGACGUCCAACAUUGCUGGUAGCAAAGGAGCGGAGAAACAGCCCAGGGCGGUCCUUCCGGGUCAGGCUCAAGUACAGCCGGAACACCGGCAAUCGCCUGCGCCCACCAACCUGCUGGAACCAGAGCCCACCGCAAGAGACAUCUUGCAGGGCAUCCAGGACCUCGGUCAGAGGUUGGAUCUCCUCGCCGCCAAUGAGCGGGUAGACGUGUUGGAGGUCAGAGUGGGUUCAGUUGAGACCAACCUGCUUCAGCGGUUGGACGAGUUAGAGCAACGGCUCAACAAAUCUGAUGCCCGGUGGCAAUCUUUGGAAUCCCUAAAAUAG